AUGCCUAUCUCCAUCCCAAGAGCCGAGUCCCUCAAAGACCUCUUCUCGUUAAAGGGAAAGGUAGUCAUCAUCACAGGUGCUUCCGGUCCCAAAGGAAUGGGUAUUGAAGCCGCACGAGGAUGUGCUGAGAUGGGUGCCGAUGUAGCCAUCACAUAUGCAUCCCGUCCCGAAGGAGGCGAGAAGAACGCCAAGGAAUUGGCUGAGGCAUAUGGUGUAAAGGCCAAGGCAUACAAGUUGGACAUUGGUGACUAUGCCAGUGUUGAGAAGUUGGUUGCCGAUGUCGUCAAGGAGUUUGGAAAGGUCGAUGCUUUUAUUGCAAAUGCUGGUAGAACAGCUGAUAGUGGUAUUCUUGAUGGAACGGUUGAGGCUUGGAAUGAGGUCAUUCAAACUGAUCUUAAUGGAACUUUCCACUGCGCAAAGGCUGUUGGACAUCACUUCAAGGAGCGUGGAACUGGUUCUUUCGUCAUCACUGCCUCGAUGUCUGGUCACAUUGCCAAUUUCCCACAAGAACAAACCUCAUACAAUGUUGCCAAGGCAGGAUGUAUUCACAUGGCUCGUUCUCUCGCCAACGAAUGGCGCGAUUUCGCUCGAGUCAACUCCAUCUCUCCUGGUUACAUUGACACCGGUCUCUCUGACUUCGUCGACCAAAAGACUCAAGCUUUGUGGAAAUCUAUGAUCCCAAUGGGUCGUGAUGGUGAAGCUAAGGAGUUGAAGGGUGCUUAUGUCUACUUGGUAUCUGAUGCUUCAACAUAUACCACUGGAGCUGAUAUCGUCAUUGAUGGUGGUUACUGCUGCAGAUAA